AUGUACAAAUCAUUCAAGAUUUGUCAUUCUGUAUUACCUCACAUCAUCACAUUUUGUUCACUUAUCUUAUUAACAAUUACAGCUAUACAAAAAUCACAUUACUAUCAUUCAGAUUCAUGUUUUCAUUGUAAACACAUUCAUCAGCCCGCUCCUCCUCAUCAACAUGAUAAACGUCCUUGUGAACAUCAAGUUGUCGCAACCAAUCAAAACAAACCAACCAUUUUCACGGAACCAACACAACUAGUGAUUUGUCUAAGCAUUUUGAAUAUUCUCUUCGACUUCGCUGAAGUUAUUGAAUGGUUCUAUGCUAAAUUGAUUAUUCCUCAUUCUAUUCAAUCAUUUACACAGAAUAUUAAUCCAAAUUUCCAUGUUGUACAUACUAAUACUAAUACUACUACGAUAACUAAUGUUGAUUCAAGACAACUACUUACAAACACAUUAAAUAGUAGUAUGUUACUUACUAGAUCAAUUCAUCAAAUGCGUUCUAUACAUUUCACUACUGGUUUAUUACGUAUUUGGGCUAGUCAACGAUAUUUAUUCACAUUACCAAUUCUAUUGUGUCAAUCAUCGAAAUUUUUACAUUUAAUCAAAUAUUAUUUUCAAUAUUAUUUUCAAACUUUAAAAAUGUUACAUGUGUGUAAAAUUAGUUUUACAUCAGAUAAACGCAUGGAUUCAAUAAUUAUUGAACAAGCAAUGAAUACAAUUGUAAGCAGAACUAAUUCAAAUGAUCAUACAGAAUUAGCUGAAAUGAAAACUACUACUGAUGAAGAAAUAAGUAGUAGUGCACCUCAACAACAACAACUACCGCAACAAAUUAGAGUAGCAAGUGAAGAAGAUCGAAAUAUACAGAGAGAUGUACAGCGGAUUCCUAGUCUUUAUUGUUGUUCAUGUAUUGCACAGACAAGACUACCGAAUGUUGUUGUAAAUACAGAUAGACAGAUAAGAAAUAGUUGUACAUGAUUCCUGAGUGGCAUUUGGCAAUCGUUG